ACUGAGCAAAAAACUGAAUUUGCUUACUUUGUUCUAUUCCACUAUCUCAGUUUACAACAAACACCAUGUUCAAUCAAGAGAAGCUCGUGCAUUACCAAGUAGAACAACAACCAUCAUGGAGUUACUACAUGACAAGAGUAACAAGGACAAUGGAGGAAGAUCAAAUGGAGAGAAUUAUGAGAUUAGCUACACAGAGUGCUGUUGUGAUAUUCAGCAUUGGUAGUACUAGUUGUAUGUGUCAUGCAAUGAAGAGUUUGUUUAGUGGAAUGGGAGUGAAUGCAAUGGUUCAUGAAUUUGAUCAAGAUCCAAAACCAUUCAUGAGGUUACUUGGAAAUUCAACAUCACUUCCUGUUGUUUUCAUUGGUGGCAAGUUAGUUGGUUCUAUGGAUACAGUUUUGGCUUUUCAUAUCAAUGGUUCUCUGGUUCCUCUUCUCAAACAUGCUGGUGCUUUAUGGCUUUAAUUAGAUCCUGACAUGAGUUUAAUAUCUUAAUCCUUAAGUUGGAAGAAUUAGUCAUAUUUAUAUCC